AUGCGCACCAUCAUGGCGAUGCAGUUGAGGACCGACUCCAACAUGGAGGAGGUGCGGGCGGAGGUUGAGGAGGCCAGGUGCGAACGCGACAUGAUCAUGCAGCUCCUCACCAACAUGCAGGAGGAGCAGAGGAGGAUGGCGGCUGCGUUGGGGCUCGAUAGCGGCGACCGAGGCGGACCAGGCGGCGGUGGCCGCAGGAGGUGGGGACCCGACGGACGUCCCGGCGGCUAA